UUUGAAGCCGGCUGACUGGAGAAAGGGAUUGGGAAAGAGAGGGUGGAGUUGGCGACACUAUAAUUUCAGCCUGGGUGCUCAUCUGUAUACAUGUGGGUUCGGCGGGACGGCUACAGUGAAGAGGAGGCGCACACGGAGCGAGGUUUUGCAGAACAGCGGACAGGACUUGUGAGGGGGAAAAAGGGAGUGUGUGAGAGAAUAGCGCUGAAUCAGUGAAAGCGCAUUAAAGGCAGGGAGAGGGGGAGAGAGAAGAAAUUGGAUACCAGGGGGACUGUGAGGGGAGACUUUGUGAGGAAUUUUCUGAAUUUCAGUGUUGGAGGCUGAAUCUAAACACUGGUUCACCUUAACCGGCUGUUUUGAACCUUUCUAUGUACCCAAUUUGCAAGUUUGGCCAUCAAGACAUCCAUUUUAAUAUCCACAGUUUUCAGGUGAAGUUGCUCUGCCACACUGCUGCAGUCCACGAUGGAGGCGAAGGUGGUGUAUUUGCCGAAACUUUCCCGCGUUGCCGUGUGCGGUGGUACCCAUGGCAACGAGCUGUCAGGGGUGUACCUGGUGAGAGAGAGACUGAAAACGAGGAAGAAGGUGGAGGAGGACGAGCUGGUGUCCGUCAUGACGGUGAUGUCCAAUCCUCGCGCCGUCCAGCAGGGUCGGAGGUACACGGAGACCGACCUGAACCGCUGCUUCACGCACGCCACCCUCAGUUCCUCAACAUCUGACAAAACUCCUUAUGAAAUAGUGCGGUCCCGAGAGCUGAACUCUCAGCUGGGCCCUAAAGGGAGUCCUAAGGCAGUGGAUCUGAUAUGCGACCUCCACAACACCACUGCUAACAUGGGCUUGUGCCUCAUCUCCUACUCAGACUGUGACUGGAUCUGUUUGCACAUCUUCAGAUACCUGCAGAGGUCGAUGCCUGACACACCUGUGAGGUACAUUCACUUUGACCUCCCGAUCAGUGAGGCAUAUUCUCUUGACUCCGUAGGCAAACAUGGCUUUGCAAUUGAGAUUGGGCCUCAGCCGCACGGUGUUGUACGGUCCAACAUCUACACCAUGAUGCAACAAGGGGUCCAGCACAUGCUAGACUGGGUACACCUCUUUAACUCAGGAACGCAAUUUGAGGGAGGAGCAGUGGAUUUGUACACCAUGGUGAAGAACGUUGACUACCCCAGAGACCGAGAGACCCACAACAUCAUCGCUGCGGUUCAUCCCCAACUCCAGGAUCGUGACUUCUGCCUCCUCCACCCCAACGAGCCCCUGUUUCAGACCUUCUCAGGAGAGACCAUGAUGUACAAGGGGCCUGAGCCUUUCUAUCCGUUCUUCAUCAACGAGUGUGCUUAUUACGAGAAGGGCAUUGCACUCUCCCUGGCACGGAGAAGGAAUGUGGAAAUACCCUCCAUUCAGUUAGAGAGAAAAUGAGAACAGGUAAAGAAGGGAUGAUGACGUACUGCAGAAAAGAUGGGGUCUUUUUUCCGUUAGACUUGACAGGAAAACAAUCUGAGCCAUAAUAAUAAGGUUCUGGCAUUAGACAUUCUACAGAUGAACAGUGGAUUCAACACAUUUUCGAUAUCUCAGGAAUGUGGCCAAUGUUAAUGGAAAAGAUUCAAUCCACUUUAUUUUCUAUAAUAAUAAAAGCUUUAUUGAAAUGCUUUGAAUGAACACGCACUACUACUCAAUGUACAGUUGAAAAUGUACAUUUUACCUCAUGUUACAUUGCCAGUAAUGACACAAUUAUGACACAAACAAUAUUAGUGACAUUUUACGCAGGAACAUUCCUAUAUUUUAUUUGCUGGAUACAUAGAUAACAAGCUUUUUAAUGAUUAAAGGAGUACAGCAUUUUAAUAAGGCAUGCUAUGAGGUCUAGUUCCUUUCAUGAACCCAGACUUUUUCAGGCCUGAAUGUUAUUAAAGAUACAAUAGAUAAUAUAAUUUCAAUAAAAUAAAGAAAUGUUUUGUCCCCUAUAAACAUGUGUAAGCUAAUGAGGCCCUCUGAGAAUUGUUUAGCAACCCAGGAAGCUCAGUGCCUGUCAAUUUAUCAUUUUGGAGCGGCCUGCUACUUUCCAGCCAAUUAUGUUCCAGCAAUCCUGUUCCAGCCAAUUGCCUUUGGUAGGGCAGACCUUCUUCCUUAUUUUGUGAAACCAAUCAAGUCAAUCAAACUCAAGCUGGAGGAAAGCGCAGAAGUUGGGGGCAAGACUAGAAUUGGGGGAGCUGUUUCUCAUAUUUCAAUGUAUUUUAUAUUACCUAUUGCAGCUUUAAACAUCACGACUGGUGUUAAAUCUUAUUUUUGAAUACAUGAUAGACUUUAUGACAUUGGCAGUCUGCGUUGCCUCUUGCAGAGACAUGUUUUGCGACUCAUAUAAUAAUUUUGGUGGUAUGACAUUCACAUGAAAGUAUUAGUACAGCAUUGUACUAAAUGAUGUGAACAGAAAAACAACACAUUUGACCACAUACAUAUAAAUCAUUCAAAUUCCUCAUAAAAUUAAAGCCUAUACAAAUCUCACUUCAAUCUUUGAAUGUCUUUGACUGUUACAUUUUAUUUUUUUGCCACUGAGGAAACUGUUAAGGGGCUCCAUGAGACACAUGUAUGAUGUUUUAACAAAGUCAUUGAUGGACAAGUAUCUAAGCAAAAUUCUGUAGCACACCAUUUUUACUGCAGAAUAUGGAGAUAUUCAAGAAGGGGGAAAACGAUCUAAACAAUGUCACAACCUCCACUCUAUGCAUGUGUAGUCCUACAUUCUAAAAUAAAUACUACAGGAAAACCAACAAA